CAAAGCCAUCGCCCAAUCGAAAUCAUCAAAAGCCCACGUCUUAGUCCUCCCUUACCCUAGCCAAGGCCACAUCAACCCCAUGCUCCAAUUCGCCAAGCGCUUAGCCUCAAAAGGCCCAAAAGCCACUCUAGUCACAACCCACUUCAUCAUCAAGUCAAUCAAGGCCCAAUCCGGCCCGGUACAAAUUAAGCCCAUCUCCGAUGGGUUCGAUCAAGUCGGCUUUACGGAUGCAGUCACCCUCGACGACUACCUCGCCCAAUUAGAAGACAUCGGAUCCAAAACCUUAUCGGAUCUUAUAGAGGAGGAGAGCUAUUCGACCCGACCGUUUACUUGCAUUGUUUAUGACACUUACGUCCCUUGGGGACUAGACGUGGCUAGACGGGUUGGGUUGACCGCGGUCGCGUUUUCGACCCAGUCUUGUGUGGUUAGUGCGGUUUAUUAUUAUGUGAACCAAGGUUUGGUUCAGGUUCCACGGGUCGGAUCUAGAGUUUCGGUUGCAGGUUCGGUUCCGUUAGCAAUAUCGGAUUUUCCUUCGUUUGCCAUGGAUAACGGGUCAUACCCGACUCUUAGCGAGUUGGCUUUGGAGCAGUUUAGGUUGGGAAAGGCAGAUUGGGUCUUGUUUAAUUCGUUUGAUGAGUUGGAGGGCGAGGUGAUAGCUUCCUUGAACAAGCACUGGCGAGCAAGAGCCAUCGGCCCAACAGUCCCCCUAUCCCUCGUCGACGACGAUCAAUCCUCGAACUACGGCAUGGACCUAAUCCAGUCAUCCGACGACAGCGAUAGAUGCAAGACAUGGCUCGAAUCGAAACCCCCAUCAUCCGUCAUCUACAUCUCUUUCGGCAGCUGACACCCAUUCCUAUGGAUCAUCCGCUCGUCGGAGCAACACAAACUGCCGGAAGAUUUCGUUCGCGACAGCAAACAAGGGCUGAUACUCUCGUGGAGCCAGCAACUCGCGGUGCUGGCUCACGGAAGCAUAGGGUGCUUCGUGACGCAUUGUGGGUGGAAUUCAACGCUGGAGGCGUUAAGCAGAGGAGUGCCGAUGGUGGCGAUGCCUCAGUGGACUGAUCAGCCGACGAAUGCUAAAUAUGUGGAGGAUUUUUGGAGAGUUGGGGUGAGAGCAAGGGCGAGAGAGGGAUUUAUCGACGACUUUGAGAUUGAGAGGUGUGUACAGGAGGUGAUGGAGGGGGAGAGGAGCGGCGAGAUGAGGGAGAAUGCGAGGGGGUGGAAGGCGGCGGUAGAGGCUGCGGUGAGAGAGGGAGGGAGUUCGGAUCAGGGGUUGGAGGAGUUUGUAGCAAAGAUCGUGACUGUCUCCUUCCUGUACAAAGCCAAAUGAGUGAUCUUGAUGUGGAAAAGCUUAGUGUUUUUGAGAAUGGGAAGCAGAAGCUCAAGUUUCGGAAAAUGCUCUAUUUCGCUAAAAGGAGUUGAUACCCUUAGACAUUCAGAACUUUAGAAAGUUGCAGGUAACAUAAUAAUCACGGAACAGGAGCGUGUUGGCUGUAAAAACUGAGCUCUGAGGAUCUCGCACACUCAAGAUUCUGAACUCGACAUCCAUGCAAUUCUGUGUUACUUGAAAUGGCUCCUCCGCCAAUUCAUGUGAUGAGAGUUUAUAUAUAAGAAAUUGUGAAUCUAUUGUUAUUUUUUUGGUUCAAAAGUUCAGAAUGCCAUUGGCUUAGUUGCUAUCUACAAUGAAAAAUUAUUUAUAUUUGAGUAUGGUCUUUGAAGAAAAUACUGCCAGGUUUAAUGGGAACA